GAGAACAAGAAUUUCAUCCAAGCAAACACAGUGUGGCCUCCAGUGGAGAGUGGAGAGGAAAACCAGUAACAGUGGUGAAAACUCCUGACAUGUUCAGUCUGACUGAGGAGAAAAUCCAGAGAGAAAUGAAGAACUGCAUGAGACUCUGUUACCCUGGACCAAAUGUUCUGCUGCUGCUGGUCAAUCCUUCAAAAUUUACAGAAGAAAACAGAGAAACUCUGAAGUUCAUCCUGAGUUUGUUUGGUCAAGAUGCCUUCAGACACUCAAUGAUCAUUUUAACAAACAGCAGUGGAAGAAGUUCCUCUGUCAGUGACCUGAUCAGGCUGGUUCAGGGAAGAUGCUACAUGAAAUGACAGCACUUUGUUAAUGAAGCAAAUUGAGACGAUCAUAGAUCAGAACAAAGCAACAUAUCUGACCUGCAGAGAGACCAGCAGAUCCCAACAUGACCAGCUGAAACCUCUGAACCUGGUUCUGUUUGGUCCCAGUGACCCACUGAAGGCGUCAGCAGCCAGAGCCAUUCUAGGUCAUGAGGAUCUUCCUUCACAGCGUGUCAGAAAGCAGGGAGAGGCGUUUGGACGUCAGGUUUCUCUGGUGGAGCUGCCUGCCUUGGGUGGAAAAGCUCAGCAGGAAGUGAUGGAGGAAUCCUUCAGGUGUGUCUCCCUCUGUGACCCUGAGGGUGUCCACGCCUUCAUCCUGGUCCUACCUGUGGGUCCCCUCACUGAUGAAGACAAGGGAGAGUUACACACCAUCCAGGACACAUUCAGCUCCAGAGUCAAUGACUUCACCAUCAUCCUCUUCACCACAGAUCCUGAACAUCCUGAUGUUGGUAACUUUAUAGAGAACAAGGACAUCCAGGAUCUCCUCCAGAUCUGUGGAGGAAGAUAUUUAGUUCUGAACAUCAGAGACAGGCGGCAGAUCAGAGGACUGAUGGAGACGGUGGAGAGAAACAGAGAGAAACUGGUCAGUUAUACAACUAAAACAUUAUUAUGGGGCCAAAUGGAGGAAAAACUGCAGCUACAGAAUAAACUGAAGCAGUUUGAGUCAAAGACAGCAGUUACAGAUCCUGAGCAGAUCCCGAUAUCCGAUUGUCUCCGGAUCGUUCUGAUCGGGAAAACCGGCGGUGGGAAGAGUUCAUCAGGAAACACCAUCCUGGGCAGGAAACAGUUUGAAGCUAAAGCGUCUCAGCAGUCGGUCACUAGAAACUGUCAGAAAGCUCAGACUGAGAUCGGAGGUCGUUCUGUCGUUGUGGUCGACACUCCUGGUCUGUUUGACAACACGCUGACCCCCGACCAGGUGGAUGAGGAGCUGCUGAAGUGCAUGAGCCUGCUGGCCCCGGGGCCACACGUCUUCCUGCUGGUGAUGCAGGUCGGCAGAUUCACAGAGGAGGAGAAACAAACUUUAAAAAAAAUGAAGAACAUUUUUGGUAAAAACUCUGAAGAUUUUACCCUCAUCCUGUUCACUGGAGGAGACAAACUGAAGUAUGAGGACAAAACGAUAGAGGAUUACCUUAGAGAGGGACGUGAUGAAUCCUUUAUGAAGGUGAUCAGCGACUGUGGAGGAAGAUAUCAUGUUUUUAAUAACUAUGAUAAACAGAACCGAUCACAAACCAAUGAACUGAUCCAGAAGAUCAAUAAGAUGGUGGAGAAGAACAAACAACGUGACAUCAUGGCGUCUGCAGAUCCUGGGCCAGAUGUUGUGGAACCGUUGAAACGCUGCAGUAGCAACAACCUGCUGCAUCCAGACAUGUCUGAGCAGAAGGAUGAGGAUGGAGGUUUGACUAUGGCUGUAAAACACAAACCUCUGAACCUGGUUCUGUGUGGGAGGAGAGGACCACUGAAGGCGUCAGCAGCCAAGGCCAUUCUAGGUCAUGAGGAACUUCCUUCACAGCGUGUCAGAAAGCAGGGAGAGGUGUUUGGACGUCAGGUUUCUCUGGUGGAGCUGCCUGCCUUGGAUGGAAAAGCUCAGCAGGAAGUGAUGGAGGAAUCCUUCAGGUGUGUCUCCCUCUGUGACCCUGAGGGUGUCCACGCCUUCAUCCUGGUCCUACCUGUGGGUCCCCUCACUGAUGAAGACAAGGGAGAGUUACACACCAUCCAGGACACAUUCAGCUCCAGAGUCAAUGACUUCACCAUCAUCCUCUUCACCACAGACUCAGAUCCUGCAGCUCCAGCUGUUGUUAACUUUGUAAAGGAGAACAAGGACAUCCAGGAUCUCCUCCAGAUCUGUGGAGGAAGAUAUUUAGUUCUGAACAUCAGAGACAGACGGCAGAUCAGAGGACUGAUGGAGACGGUGGAGACGAUUAGAGGUGAAAAGUCCAGCGUUUUCUCAACAGACCUGUUCACCAAGGUGUUGAUUGAGAGGACUUUAAAAGUUGAAUCAGAACUACAGGAUGUGAAACAGAAGAGUGAAGAUGAGCAUCAGUCAACAAAACAACUCAGGAAAGAGACAGAAGAAGUAAAGAAAAGGGAAGAAGAGCUGAAGAAAAAACACAGAGAAGAAAUUAAAUCUCUGCAAUCUCAACAUGAGCAGCAGAGAAAACAACAAAUUCAGCUGCUGAAAGAAAAGGAUGAAAUCAUUGAAAAGAGAAAGAAGGAGCAGGAGGAAGAGGGGAAAAAAUGGAGAAAACAGGAAGAACUGCAGCGAAAAGAGUGGAAACAAAAACUAGAAGCUUCAGAAAACCGAGUGAAAGUUGAGCGAGAGCAAAGAGAGGCGGCUGAGAAGAAGCUGGAGCAGAGCAGACGGGACUGGGCCAGAGACCGGGUCGCUUGGGACAAGGAGAAGGACGGCAUCCUGGAGCGAAUGCACCAGGAACUGAAGCAGAACCUGCAGGAGACCAAGCAGAACCUGGAGGAGGAGCGGGACCGGUACCGGAAGCUGCAGGAGGAAUUCUACCAGAAGAGGAGGAAGUGGACCUACCUGGGCUUCACUUUGCUGCUGGCAGUGUGUCUGGUUUUAUUAUAUCUGUAUCACAGACAUUAGCUGCUGGACCAGAACCGGACCAAACAUCAUGACCCGGCUGGAGUCUGGCUCAUUUUCAACUAACACUGGUGAUGAUUGUAAAGUGUCAUAUUUACUUCCAGAGUCAUAAUUAAUAUAAAUUAUUUCCUUCCUGAGCUGCAGUGAUGAUGUGUAACGUUGGCAUCACAUCAAAGUAUUUUAACCUCAGUGAAUGACGUGGAAAUAUAAAAAUAUGUUUCAGUGA